UCUUCUCUCUCUCUCUCUCAGCUUCCUCCAAUAAUGUCAUAGCAACCUCUUCACCUCUUCUGCUGUAAACACCAUUUCAGGGUCUCCCUAAAAUGUUGGUCUUUCAAUCCCAAAAUGGAAGAAGAGCCUCUUAACCAAUCCCUGAAUUUCAGUUUUCAGCUGGGUGGGUCUGUAGUUGUGUUCUGAGCUCCAAAGUUUUCUGCUUUCUCUGCAAAGGUUGAAGCUUUUUGUGUUUCUGGGUCUCUGUUUGAUAAUUUGUCGACUUGUUCAGCUUGAUAGAGGAACUGGGUUUUGUUUAAUUUGUCGAAAUUAUAAGUGUUUAUGGAGAUUCAGAUUCUGGGUUGGUGAGUUGAGAUAAUUUCCAAUCUCAGGUCAACCUGUCACUAGUCAUCUUUGUUGUUUAUUUGUGCAAAAAAUAGUACAGUCAGCGACCACAACCUUUAUAUACUAGAGCCAUACUAAAGAGAUGUGUACCGCCUCCAUUCAGCUAAAAUGAAGACGUUACAGGUUCCACAGAGUGGGAAAGAAAUACAAUCUUCAAACCAAGCUAUACAUGAUACACAAGGUGACCAAUUGAAAAACCAAACAAAUGAGGCUCCUGGAACUGAUUCAGCUUCAAUAUCGUCUUCAGGCAAUGACAACAAGAAAGUAUCACGACAAGACAUAGAACUUGUCCAGAAUCUGAUAGAGCGGUGUCUACAAUUAUAUAUGAAUAGAGAAGAGGUAGUCAAGACUCUCUUGACUCGUGCAAGAAUAGAUCCUGGAUUUACCACUCUGGUAUGGCAGAAGUUGGAAGAAGAAAAUGCCGACUUUUUCCGGGCCUAUUACAUAAGGCUAAAAUUGAAGAAACAAAUCAUCCUGUUUAAUCAUUUACUGGAGCAUCACUGUCAUCUCUCGAAGUAUCAUCCCAUGCAUCCAAAGGUUCCUUUGGCACCUAUACAGAAUGGGAUUCAUCCCAUGCCUGUUAACAACUUACCUAUGGGAUACCCAGUGCUUCAGCAGCCCCCAAUGCCAGCAGCAGGUCAACCCCAUAUUGAUUCCAUGGGAAUAUCUAAUUGUCAUGUAGUUAAUGGAGUCCCCGCACCAAGCAAUUACCAUCCAAUUCGGAUGAAUUCUGGGAAUGAUAUGGUGAUGGACUGCAGUAGUGCCGUUGUGGCUCCUGUGAUUCCACCAAACAGCAUGUCACCCAUGUCCGAGAUUCCUGUAAGUCCUACAUCAGUUGCAUCCAGUGGUCAUUUCCCCUUCACGGCAUCAGAAAUAUCAGGAAUGGGAGUAGACACAUCAGCACUUGAUACAACAUUUACAUCUGAUGUGGGAAGUAAUGGAUUGCAGCUUGGACCCGAUGGUGGGGGUGGCAGAUCUCUGGAUCAGAUCCAGUGGAAUUUCAGCCUUUCAGAUCUUACAGCAGAUUUGCCCAACUUAGGAGAUUUAGGAGCCUUGGGUAACUAUGAUGGUUCCCCCUUUCUGCCUUCUGAUUCUGAAAUUUUACUCGACUCUCCCGAGCAAGAAGAUAUAGAGGAAUUCUUUGUCGAUUCUGUGCCCGAGCAAGGUCCUCAAUCAGACGAGGAGAAACCGUAGAUAAAGGUGGGGAAAGUUCCAUUACGCUCAAAACUGAUAGGAAAUGAAUAUCAUUCCAUUAGAGUACGUCAUCUACUUACUAGAGACACUUUAGGGUCAUGUUUAUCAGCAUAUUUCAACAUUUCUAGUUAGCUAGUCUGAUCUGUAUUUAGCAUACAGAGGAAUUUCCUUAUAAUAGACUAGUAUUUGUACUUUCUGUUUCCAAAAACUUGGUUAUUGGCGAAAGUUGAGAGGACACAAUUCAGCUACGUAGUUAAAGCUACGUAAUUCAGUAAAUUAAAAAAUUGAAUGUCAUUGAUGAAUCGAAAUGGUAAUCGGACAUUUGAUUAAAUUAAUAAAUUAUUUAAUGGUUAUAA